AUGGGACAUUCAAAAGCGGCGAUGAUGGCUAAAACUCAGAGGCCGGGAAACCUUCGGAAAGUGGUAGCGCGCAAAAUACUGAUUGGCGGAAAUGGGUAUGUUGAGUCGACGCGAUGGUGGCUCCAAACAAACGGGUUCUCAACAUCGGCCAACGCCAUCCGACAAUCCAUACGCGAUCCGCGCGUAGAGAUGCGGCGCGAUACGUCGUGUCGAGGUCUGGGAGAUUCAUGGCGGGAUGUGGGGGUUCGAGGGUGGCAUCCCUCUCCUGUCAGCAACGCUGGUAAAUCUUGGAGUCAACAACGGCUAAUUCGAGCUCCACAGGAUAACGCGCAAAAAUUGGACGCAAAAUUCGAACGAAUGGAAGAGAUCAUAGGAGACUCAGGCUUCGACACGAUCGGAGAAUUCCUCCGGAUUCUAUCUACAACCCUAUUCGUGAAAAUCGGGGCUAUCAGCUCUUUUAUACUUGCGCGGAAUCGUUAUGCAAACGGAGACUCGCGCUGGCGCUCGGCAGAUGACACUUUGCCGCUAAAUCACACAUCGACGUCAAACGUGUCUACAGUAGGUUUGGGAAUAUUCCAAGCGACACAACUCCUUGCUUGUCUACGAGACUCGGUUAAGAAUGCGACGGAGCGGGGAGAAACCAAGCGGUGUCUAGUGCUCGAAAACGUCGAAGAGCAUUGGCAGCUGGUAUACGAAGGGGGUAUUUCACGUGAAAGUAUUCUAAAGGUCGGGACGGCAGCAACGGCAAUACGGCUCGACGAUUGCAAAUCUGGAGCUUUUGAUUUACAAAGUCACCUCGCACGCGUCGCUGAGAAGAAAUGCACUACAAUGACUGUCGAAAGCAUCAGGGUGGAUAUUGACUGGACUCAUGUACACGCAAUCUAA